UUUACGUUUAUUAAACUGCGUUGUGCUACGUUGUGGACGCGCAACGCGUAGAACAAUAUGGACGACGGGUUACACGAGUUUCUGUUGGACAGCGGCGUGUUGAACGAGAUGCACACGGUAAUAGAUUCGGUGGUCAAGUCGUCGGUGACGGCCGCCGACUUGGAGGACAGCGACGCCCGCGAGAUCGCCGAGCGUCUGCUCGAGUUGAACGCCGACGACAUCGACGGACGUCUGGACGCUUUGGUGCGGGACGCCAAGGUCCAGCUGAUCGGCCAGUCGGCCGACGGACGGUGGCCCGAUUUGCUGGACUUCGAGUCGGGCCCCAGGCAGACCGCGCGUAACCUGAGCGCGCUCUGCCGGUUGCCGUUCACGUACGACACGUACGCGGGCCCUUACUUCCAGAGACUCACCAAAGGGCUGGAGCAAUGCGUCUCGGUGGACGCGCUCUUCGAGCCCGCGGCCCACGUGUACGCCAAACUGGUGGACGCCGCUCCGGACUGCGAGACGGCGGUCGAGAGUUUCGCUUCGCUGUGCGAGGCCGCGCAUCUCAGGUGUCGCCGCCGACCCGCGCCGGACGCCGACAACACCAUUACUGCGGUGUGUCUGAUGCUCCGGUGUCUGGCCGUGGUGUGCCGCCGGGGCGCCAGUUGCAAGAGCGUCAAACCGGCCGUGGUGGAGUUCGUGGCCGCCGUGACCUACGACCACGGGCACGACAACGGCGGCGUGUACGGCAUUCUGUGCCGGGCCGACCCGACAGCCCGGUGGUUCGAUCACUUGUCCAGAAGUAGCCUUACCAGGACGGCGUUUUUCGAGUGUUUGCGCAGCGACCGGCGGUUCUUGAAAACGCUGGUGUCCGGCUUUUUCGGUUGGAUGGCCGAACCGAUAAUACCCAAAACCACAGCCGACGGGAGGGGCGUGGACGCCACCAAGUACGCGGGUUGCGUGCACGCCGUGUACUUGUUGGCCAAGAUGUACGCGUACAAGCCGGCCAGAGCUCUGUUUCCGGUCAAGGCGUCCAAGACGGCCCGAGUGCGACCGGCCGCCGUGGCCAACUGUUGUCUCGGCUUUUUGUCGGCCGUCCGCGACCACGGGACGUCCACGUUGGCCGUCGGCCUGCGCCGACUGGUCGCCGUGCUGGCGGCGUUUCACCCGGAAAUCGUGCGGGCCGUCGCCGAGAACGGGUCCGAGCACGCGGCCGGCAUACUAGCGGAAGUGGCGGCGCGCUGGCCGGAAGCGCUCAGCGCGUUGUUAGACCGCGGCGAUGACGGCAUCGACCAGCUGGACGGACUGUUCAAGAAAAAACACUGGCGGGUAGAAAGAACCGCGGAGGCGCUGACGACAAUAGCGACGGCGAUAAGCGGCCGCAGCGAAGGCGUUUGGUGGCUGGCGACGAGGAAGAGCAAGUUUCUGGAAGCCGUCGCCGACAAGCAAGCGGCGCGUCAGCUAAUGCGUAAUAUACUGUGCACGCCGUUGGCUUCGUCCGUUUAUGGCCUGCGCGCGGACGUCCCGACAGACGGUGUCGACUGGACGGACCCGGAACAAACGUUGGCGCUGAGCGUGAUCUGCAGCACCGACCGGGGCAGGCGGUGGGCGAUGCGAACGGGUCUACUGGAUUCCGUCGACGGAUUUGUGGAGGCUCGAUGGACCGAGGCGACGGAAAACUUGUUCGAACCGGACGACGACGGCAAAACGAUCGAUUCAAUUGUUCGCGUGGCUCAAUCGAUUUGUGCCACCACCGAAGGUUUACAGUUCAUAUUGGCCGACGGUGGAAGUCAAGGGGCCGUCACGAGACUGUCGGAAAUUUACUUGUUGACUUACGAGGACUUCGAUAAGUACACUGCGUCGAGAGAAGUUCUGGUAGCGCUGUGGCUGCGUUUAAUACAAGCUGCCACACACUCGUUUGUGUCGGAGGCUUUUGCGGAAUCGCAGUUACGCUAUCAAGACACCCUGUCGAAACUGUGUUCGGAGAGUCGCACCGAAGACGGCGCGGCCGUUGUCGACGAAUCGACAGAGUUGAUUCGUCGACUGCGGCGGAGGCCCGUCGACUGGCCCGAACGCGAAACCGUCGAAUCGAUAAUGGCUUACGGCAGGCUUCGUUUUGGGGAAUCGUUCACGGACGGCCACGACGACGACGACGACGACGACGAAGAGCUAUUAUUGCCGCGACAGACCGGACCCGAGGUCGACGGAAUACGUUCGGCGCUGAGGUCGACCGUCGGUUUGCGGUUGCUGCCGGAAGAGCGCGACGAGGAGGCCGUGGAAAGGCGAUUCCGACGGGUCUACGGUCGCGCGGCUAGGCGUCGGUGUCCAGGCCCAGCCGGGUCGUCGUUGGGUUACGCCGCCGUUUACGCUCUGUUCUUGGCGGCUCGAGGAUCCGAAAAAGAGUGCCUCGAAGCGUGUGCAGUUUUAGCGAAAACCGUCGAAUCGAGCAAAGGAUUUUGGCCGCCGGCAGAGGACGAAGACGAGAAGUCGAUUUCCGGGCAUUUGCUCGAAGGGCUUUUGCAAAAAGAACAACCGGAAGUGUACAACGCGUUCAAGAUGUCGGGCGUUUCGUGGUGGCUCUUGUGUUCCGGAUGGACGGUCGACUGUUUCUUGGGCCGUUUGCCAUGGCCCGAAGUGUGUAGAUGGCUCUGCCUGGUCGCCAUGUACCCGGCCGAGUAUAGGGCGUAUUUUUUCAUCUGUUUGGCCGCGGCGCAGAAACGUCGGUGGUUGGAGGCUUUCGGCCGGGACGGUUUUCGCGAAACCGUUAUCCAGGGCUCCGUGGACGAUUUCCGUCUGACCGACCAUGCGGAUUACAUGGAACGUUUGGCUGAGAAACACCACGAUUUUUUGUCCAACAGACUCGGUGCCGAAUUCGACAACACAUCUGUCGACGACAAGCUGGCCGGACGGACAUAGUCUUUGGCAAUCCGUCGGGAUUCCCGAGAAGGGUACCGGGGUUCGAUAACGAUAUCAUUUUUUUUAUUGUUAUCCAACCGAACAAUAUUAGUGCUCGAAGGAAAUCGUUUGUGUUCAAUCACAGUUAUAUAAUAUCAAACAUUUAAAUAAACACAGAUCGCCUGUGACGGCUGCGACAGAGCACAGUGACUGCAAAAGUAAACGUUACACGAGUUGAGUAAAUGAUUGGGCAAACAUCAAUCGCGGUUUUUAACAGCGGCCAAGAGAACUUUUUUUUAUGUCCAUCGUCAGACUACAACGUUAUCGUUAUCGCUUUCCAACGUACAAACGGCAUAGGCACUACUUGAGGUGUAUUUGAUAUUUUACACGUUAGUUUUCUUUGUUGAUUUUCGACCGGCUCGCGCACUUAAUAUACAGCUGUAGCCCGUUGAUGUUAACACCGGAGUCUGGUAAAUAUUUAUUUAGCCAACGCUACUAUAUUAUUUUACUCGUGUUUCCCUUGUAAUAUUUGUGAGGGCAACGCAUUUUGCCAAAUUAACAAGUUUACUUUGUUCACUUGUUGGAAAUCUAGUGUACACUCUUAAAAAUAAUAACCCGCGACAAGAAUAUAGUACUACGUUAAAAUAUU